CGGAGAGCCGCCGCCAGGGAAGGGAACCCAGUUUCCGAGGAACUUUUCGCGGGCGCCGGGCCCCACCGAGGCCAGGGCGGGAAGCGGACACUCAGAGCGGCAGCGGCGGGCCCGGCGGACCUCCCGGAGGAGGCGAUUGCGCCAUGGAAGAGCCGCCCUUCAGCGAGGCGGCCUUGGAGCAGGCGCUGGCCGAGCCAUGCGAGCUGGACGCGGCGCUGCUGACCGACAUCGAAGGUGAAGUCCGCGCGCGGAGACCAGCCGCCUGGACGCCCCGAGGGGUGCGGGCCGCGGGCCGCGGAGCCAUGGAUUGCACGUUCGAAGACAUGCUCCAGCUCAUCAACAACCAGGAUAGCGACUUCCCAGGCCUGUUCGACCCUCCCUAUGCUGGAGGCGGCGCAGGGGGCACAGACUCUACCAGUCCCGACGCCAGCUCCCUGGGCAGCCUGUCCCCACCUCCUUCCACCAUGAACUCCCCUCUUGAAGGCUUCCUGGUGGGGGCCCAGGCCACACCCCCGCCCUUGUCCCCUCCCCAGCCUGCACCCGCCCCACUGAAGAUGUACCCAUCCGGGCCUGCCUUCUCCCCUGGGCCUGGGGUCAAGGAGGAGCCACUACCGCUGAGCAUCCUGCAGGCCUCCGCCCCACAGCCCCUGCCUGCGGCCCUCCUGCCCCAGAGCCUUCCAGCCCCAGCCCCACCGCAGUUCAGCUCUGCCCCUGUGCUGGGCUAUCCCAGCCCUCCUGGAGGCUUCUCCACAGGGACCCCUCCAGGGAGUACCUCGCAGCCGCUGCCUGGUCCACCGCUGGCUCCCCUUCCGGCAGUCCCGCCUGUCUCCUUGCACACCCAGGUCCAGAGUGCGGCCCCCCAGCAGAUGUUGACAGCCACAGCCACGCCCAUGGCGGCUCCAGGAACCACCACGGUGACCUCACAGAUCCAGCAGGUCCCGGUCCUGCUGCAGCCUCACUUCAUCAAAGCAGACUCACUGCUCCUGACGACCAUGAAAGCAGACGUGGGAGCCUCCGUGAAGGCGGCGGGCAUCGGCUCCCUGGCCCCCGGCACAGCCAUGCAGGCAGCACCCCUUCAGACCCUCGUGAGCGGUGGAACCAUCCUGGCGACAGUGCCGCUGGUAGUGGAUACCGACAAGCUGCCCAUCAACCGCCUGGCAGCCGGAGGCAAGGCCCAGGGUUUGGCCCAGAGCCGUGGUGAGAAACGCACAGCGCACAAUGCAAUUGAGAAGCGCUACCGCUCUUCCAUCAACGACAAGAUCGCUGAGCUCAAGGACCUGGUGGUGGGCACAGAGGCCAAGCUGAAUAAAUCUGCUAUCUUGCGCAAGGCCAUCGACUACAUCCGCUUCCUGCAGCAGAGCAACCAGAAACUCAAGCAGGAGAACCUGAGUCUGCGCACUGCUGCCCACAAAAGCAAAUCUCUGAAGGACCUGGUGUCGGCAUGUGGCAGUGGAGGACACGCAGACGUGCCCAUGGAGGGCAUGAAGCCAGAGGUGGUGGACACUCUGAGCCCACCACCCUCAGACGCCGGCUCACCUUCCCAGAGCAGCCCCGUGUCCCUUGGCAGCAGGGGCAGUAGCAGUGGUGGCAGUAGCAGUGACUCAGAGCCUGACAGCCCGGUCAUUGAGGACAGCCAGGUGAAGCCUGAGCAGCCACCGUCCCCAUACAGCCAGGGCAUGCUGGACCGCUCCCGCCUGGCCCUGUGUGCCCUCGUCUUCCUCUGCCUCUCCUGCAACCCCUUGGCCUCCCUGCUGAGCAGCCGGGGACCCCCUGGCCCCUCCGAUGCCACCGGCAUCUCCCAUGGUCCGAGGCGCAGCACGCUGGGCGCCGAGGGCAGAGAUGGCCCUGGCUGGGCCCUGUGGCUGCUGCCCCCGCUGGUUUGGCUGGUGAACGGGCUGCUGGUGCUGCUCUCCUUGGCACUUCUCUUUGUCUAUGGAGAGCCAGUCACUCGGCCCCACUCGGGCCCCUCCGUGCGCUUCUGGAGACACCGCAAGCAGGCAGACCUGGACCUGGCCCGGGGGGACUUUGCCCAGGCUGCCCAGCAGCUGUGGCUGGCCCUGCGGGCGCUCGGCCGGCCCCUGCCCACCUCCCACCUGGACCUGGCCUGCAGCCUGCUCUGGAGCCUCGUUCGCCACCUGCUGCAGCGUCUCUGGGUGGGCCGCUGGCUGGCCAGCCGGGCCGGGGGCCUGCGGAGAGACGGGGCUCUGCAGGCGGAUGCCCGUGCCAGCUCCCGCGACGCCGCCUUGGUCUACCACAAGCUGCACCAGCUGCACGCCGUGGGGAAGUACCCAGGCGGGCACCUUGCUGCCACCCACCUGGCGCUGAGUGCCCUGAACCUGGCGGAGUGUGCGGGGGACGCCGUGUCCGUGGCCACGCUGGCUGAAAUCUACGUGGCCGCCGCACUGAGGGUCAAGACCAGCCUCCCACGGGCCUUGCAUUUUCUGACUCGCCUCUUCCUGAGGAGUGCCCGCCAGGCCUGCCUGGCACAGAGGGGCUUGGUGCCGCUUGCCAUGCAGUGGCUUUGCCACCCCGUGGGCCACCGUUUCUUCGUGGACGGGGACUGGGCCGUGUGCAGUGCCCCACGGGACAGCCUGUACAGCAUGGCUGGGAACCCAGCGGACCCCCUGGCUCAGGUGACUCAGCUAUUUCGCGAACAUCUCUUGGAACGAGCACUGAAUUGUGUGGCCCAGCCCAGCCCUGGCCCUGGAUCGGCUGAUGGGGACAGGGAGUUCUCGGAUGCCCUCGGGUACCUGCAGCUGUUGAACAGCUGCUCCGAUGCGGCUGAGGCCCCUUCCUGCAGCUUCUCCGUCAGCUCCAGCAUGCCCGCCACCACCACCGGCACAGACCCAGUGGCCAAGUGGUGGGCCUCACUGACAGCUGUGGUGACCCACUGGCUGCGGCGGGAUGCAGAGGCGGCCGAGCGGCUGUACCCGCUGGUGGAGCACCUGCCCCGCGCCCUGCAGGAGUCCGAGAGACCCCUGCCCAGGGCGGCUCUGCAUUCCUUCAAGGCUGCCCGGGCCCUCCUGGGCCGCGGGAAGGUGGAGUCUGGCCCAGCCAGCCUGGCCAUGUGUGAGAAGGCCAGUGGCUACCUGCAGGACAGCCUGGCUGCCACACCAGCCGGCAGCUCCAUUGACAAGGCCAUGCAGCUGCUCCUGUGUGACCUGCUCCUUGUGGCGCGCACCAGCCUGUGGCAGAGGCAGAAGCCACCCACACCUGCCCAGGCCUCGCAGGGCCCGGGCGGUGGGGCCCAGGCCUCUACCCUUGAGCUGCACGGCUUCCAGCGGGACCUGAGCGGCCUGAGGCGUCUGGCGCAGAGCUUCCGGCCUGCCAUGCGGAGGGUGUUCCUACACGAGGCCACGGCCCGACUGAUGGCAGGGGCCAGCCCCGCGCGGACACACCAGCUGCUGGACCGCAGUCUGAGGAGGAGGACGGGCCCCUGCGGCAAAGGAGGCGCAGCAGCCGAGCUGGAGCCCCGGCCCACGCGGCGGGAGCACGCCGAGGCCUUGCUGUUGGCCUCCUGCUACCUGCCGCCCGGCUUCCUGUCGGCGCCGGGGCAGCGCGUGGGCAUGCUGGCCGAGGCGGCGCGCACGCUCGAGAAGCUCGGCGACCGCCGGUUGCUGCACGACUGCCAGCAGAUGCUCAUGCGCCUGGGCGGCGGGACCACCGUGACGUCCAGCUAGACCCCUGCCGGCGGCCAGCGCCCCGUCUCGACGGCCGAGGGCAGCGCCGAAGACCCCGAGGCCCACGGUUCGCCCGCGGUCUGCACGGUCCAGGGCGGGGGAUGGAGACCCUUGGGGACUUCCGCACCUGACGUGGGAGCCUGCCCAGCCCGCGACCCUGCUCGACGAGCGGCGGCCAGGAUGGUGCUGGCCUCUGGUGGCCGGACGGGGGAUUGCCGGGCCGCCGCUGGGUGUCACCUGCUCGGAGGCUUUCCCGCUCCGUGCAGAGCGAAGAUAGGGGUGCGUUUCACUGAGCCGAAGGCCGGAUCUGGCCUUCCCCGCCAGCAGGGCGCCCCCCCCCCCGCGCCUCUCUCCCUUACGGGGAGACAGACCGGCGCAGAGUGCAGGUCGGGGCGCGCCAGCCUCCUGGCCUCAGGGGCGCAGUAUUACUUUGCCUUUCGCAGACUUUAUUUUCUUAGGUUGAGAAGUUUUGUACAGAGAAUAAAACAUGAAAUUAUUUAUAA